CUUCUCCGUACCGUCUCUCUUCCUUAUCUUCCAGCUCUCCUCCCCCCCUCUCUUUCUCUCUCUUACAGCUUCUUUCUCCAUUUCUUCUCACACCAAACGCCGUCACCACACAUCAGACCACCGCCCAAUUCUCCUCCUCCUCCUCCGUCCUUCGGGUUCGAUCUCUCUCUUUCCUCGCGCUGGUCGCCGCUUUGUUGUUCCCGUCGCCGGAACAACCAAGGCAGCAUCAGAUCUUCCAUGUCCAGCUCGUGUUGUGGCGUUACAGCCUUCUUCGCGCUAUUUUCUUGUUACCUGCAGUUCGUUUGACUCCUUUUAUUUACACAUGCUACUUCGGCUUAAGAUUCGAGUUCUGAAGUUUUGAAUUGUGUUAGUAUGCUGUCCAGUUCGAGUUAAGGUUCAAUUAGUAAAUUUGCGUUCCGCCUUGGACACUCUUCAGGUGCCAACAGUGAAGGACUAUCUAGUUACCAUGUCUGAUCAUAUCACAAAGUCAUACCAAGAAGGGAAUGGAGCGUCGACUCGACCCUACCAUUCAGUUUGGUUGGCUCACUGGUCACGUUCAGGCUGCAAAUCAGCAAAUGGAGUUUGCAAUAAUUUAUCAACCAGUGACGAGUCUUGUGAAGAAAGUUCUCAAGCUAAGAAGCGCCCUUUGCUAGAUGGUUCAGUGCCAGUUACUAUAACCGGAAAGCUUGACAUUGGGUCUGGAAAAGUAGCAGGAGUAAGUGCAGAUAAUCUCAGCCAUGAGAGUUUAACCGGGAGAUCUAAGAAAAGGAGGAAAGAAAGGUUAGAUUCCGAGUCCUUGCCUAUGCUCAAUGUUUCUCAGCAUAGAGGGGGUAAACUGGCUAUGAAUAUUGAACAGGCUACGGCUAGUCAAGGUGGAGAUUUGAAAUUUCACACUUGUUCUGGCUCUGGGCACGAUACUUCAUCUCUGGAUGGAAAGAGUCGAUCACUAUCACUGCUCGCAGUAGUUCCUGAAAGAGGUAAUCCUAAUAAGGAAAAGAUGAAGUCCAAAGACAUUAAAGCGCCUCGACAGCAACAUGAGAAUUCCAAUGAACUUCUUACCAACAAUGCUUUAAACGUUUCACCACUUAUUGAAGAUGGGGCUAUGGGAUCAGCUUCCAGUUUUAUACCAUAUGGUAUGAAUAAUAGAUUUCCAUUCACUACAUGUGAACAAAGCAUCAACAAGGAACCAAGUUCGUAUUUGUCAUCCAAAACACAGGUUGGAAAUAGUAAUUUCCACACUUACUCUACUCUUUUUGUACAAGAGACAAAAAUCAACCAACUUCUGGAUUCAACAGAAGCUACAAAUGCACUGUCAAGGCAGCACAUGAGAACGUUUUUACUGCAUAAUCCAUCGUCAAGCAAUCUUGACCAACCAAAUCCAUUCCCCAUACAGUGUGAUACUAGGAAAAGUAGUUCUGACACCUUACCUUUCCAAAGCCAGAGCAACCGUGCAGGCACGACCUUACCAGAAUACUUAUACCAUGGAGGUUACUCAAUGCAGAGACUCCCAUUUUCUGUCCAUGACGUGGAAACUAUGAGAAUAUGUUCCACCGUGGACUCUGUUGGACAGGCGCUCAAGGGUCCUCCAAAGUUUUGUCAGACAACUCACCGUUUUAUGAUCACUAAAAAGACUGAUGUUGACUUAUUUGAAGGUCAGGAGUUUAGAGAGGUAGUGGCAUCUACCAAUCUCAAAGAAAAAACAUGUGCACACCUUAGUUCAUCCACUAAUUCUGGCAGACACGAUCAGAAUAAUAAUGAAUUGUUACAACCUUCUAGCACCCUCUAUGGAGAAAAUGAAAAUUUCGGUAACAUGAGAAGCGCGACUUCUUUGAGUAAUCAAUCAUCAUCUGAAACUGAUAUUAUGGACAUGGAUGAAUACCAAGGGAACCAUUUGAGGGGUUUGGAUACAUCACAAGCAAAUAAGGGAUUGAGGAGUUCAAAAUCACCAUUGCUCUCUGUGAGUGCAGCUAGUUCAGAUAGAAAACAAAUUGAAGAUCGGCUUCCAAAGAAAAGAUUACUUGAUAUAAAUGAAAGGCCACCCAAUCGUUCAACUUCUGCGAGCUUGAUGGACAAUGAGGAGUCAAGUACCUCCAAAACCCAAACUUUGGAUGUAGAACACCUCCUUCCAAAUGCUGAGCAGCCAAGAUUUUCAAACUCCAAUGCCCCUCCAGAGGACUGUUCUAAACGAGAGAAAGACAACGAGUGGGUUAAACGUCUUAGGCCAUGUGCCUCAGAGUCUGUUCAUGAUACAAAGAGUACAAAAAAGGAAGAAGACUCUUCAUGUGAUAAAGCCAAUCGACUCUUCAGUAAAAUGAAAUGCAGCUCAACCAGCUCUGACCGCUCUAGGGGUCCUCUCCGUGGACAAGAACAAUUGGGACAAGAACAAUUGACAAUCGCUCAGGCAACAACUAUAGUCAAGGAUAGCAGAUCCACUAAUCGAGAAAUGAUACUCUCCAGUCCUUGGAUUCGUCGAUUAUGUCAUGAUAGACCUGCGCCUUGUGCAAGAAAUCUUGAAACCACAGUGGUUCGCAAAUCACAGGAUUCAAAACCAACAUUAGAUCAGGCGUUUCCCAGCAUAGCUGCUAUGGCAUUGAUGGGCAAGACGGUGACUGGGCUUCCGCCAUGUGAGUUCAUCAGAAGAGGAUCUUCUUUAGUUUGGAAUAACGAGGGAAUUUGACAUCCCCAAGUCUCUCAGGUUUCUGACACUGUUGAUAUUUUGGAAUCAGAUUACUUCUAUGAAAUUGCCUGGCCAUUAUCAACUCAAGUUUGAACUGCUAGAGAGACCACAAAUGCUGCUUUAGUGUCAUGCUAAAUUAUCAUCAACCUCCAGUUGUCCGCGUUGAACCUAAGGGCUAAAUUAAGCUUAUGGAUAAGCUCGUUACACUUCAUACCACUACCUGAAUGGAGCCAGAGGAAUGUUGUUGUUGGCUCUUUUUAUGUGAUUUUGCACUCAGAGGAUUGCUCGUCCUGGGACUAAAAGGGAACCCAAGGUAUCCACCUAUUUGCAGUAAAGAAACAAGCAGGCUCGUUGUAUACAAUUCUAUAGUUUUAAGUGAUUUGUAUUCUGCGUGGAACCAUUGAAAGUGCAGAUACUCAAUAUAUGGUGCCACUUUUUGCAUAUGGUUUUAUCAACGUGCCUACUUUUUCAGGGAAGAUAUAAACAACUAAAAUAUAUGGUUGAAGUGACUGGAGGAACCUCCUAUAGAAAAGAAAAAAAAAAACAAAACAAAAGUGACUGGAGGAACCAUUCAGUAGUUCGAAGCUGUGAAUCUUCAUAUAGAAUGGAAAUUGGUGGAGUUUGAACAAACUUGGUAAAACCGACUAUGAAGAUGAACCAACUCACCUCAACUUAUCAAUUUGUUUUUUCCCUAUAAUUAGUUCUGUGAUACAUCUAUGUUUCUCAUAUAAUUAAACUCAACACCAUAUACUAAAAUGUUUUGUUACAAAUUAUGGUACCAUUUCUAACCUGACACCCAGUUUGUUCCAGAGCAGAUUCAAAAAAACUACCUCCUUGAAUGGUUGAAUUCAUACAGGGAGGAGCAAACUGAGUUAUCAUAUCUCGCAAAUGUGUCAUCUCUCUUGUUCGUCACUGGGGUGUGCAUAUUUGGAAGUUUGCCAUUAAUUAGAGAACGCGCACCGGACAAGGGGAGGUCAUCAUUUAAAAUCAGCAAUUGCAUUUGUAAAUUUAAGUACUUGCUAUAUAUUAUUGUUGAAAAAUGAAGUUAAACUGAUCGGUAUCAUUCAGAGUAA